AUGGCUUUGGUUUUUCACUACUUUCUGCUAGUUCUAGUCUUUCAGGAUAAACAUGUAGCUCAACCUUUCUGUCUACAAGGAUGCAGUUGCUCAGAUGAGGGUUUUGGCAGGACUCUGCAGUGCAUGUCUUUCUCUUUGGGAAAGAUUCCAGGGAAUCUUCCUGAAGAGCUCAAGCAAGUAAGAAUUGAAAACUCGCCCAUAUUUGAACUUCCCCAAGGGCCUUUCGUCAACAUGAGCACCUUGGAAUACCUUUGGCUCAAUUUUAACAAUAUCACUGUGAUCCACUUAGGAGCUCUGGAGCAUCUGCCAGAACUGAGAGAGCUGAGACUGCAGGGGAACAAACUCCGUUCAGUACCGUGGACAGCGUUCCAUGCCACCCCUUUCCUGAGGGUCUUGGAUCUCAAACACAACAGGAUUGAUAUACUCCCUGAGCUGGCUCUUCAGUUCCUAGCAAACCUGACCUACCUUGACCUAUCCUCCAAUAGGCUUACAGUUGUAUCCAAAAGUGUCUUCUUGAACUGGCCAGCUUACCAGAGUCGCCAGCAGCCUGGUUGUGGGGCUAAGAUUCUCUCCAGCAUGGUACUGGCACUGGACAACAACCCCUGGGUAUGUGACUGUCGUCUAAGGGGACUUGUCCAGUUUGUCAAGUCCAUUAGCCUCCCAGUCAUCCUGGUGAAUUCCUACUUGAUAUGCCAGGGCCCUCUCUACAAGGCAGGGCAACUUUUUCAUGAGAUUAAGCUCAGUGUUUGCAUGAAGCCACAGGUCUCAACACCCAGUGCCAAUGUUACCAUCCAGGUAGGACAGAAUGUGACUCUGCGAUGCUUGGCAAAGGCCAGCCCCUCACCAACCAUCUCAUGGAGUUAUCCCCUGAGCAUUUGGAGAAAAUUUGAUGUGUUGACUUCUUCUACUGCAGAAGAUGAUGUUCUGUCUCAAUUGAUCAUCCCUGCUGCUCACCUAGUAGACAGUGGCAAUUAUACCUGUGUAGCCUCCAAUUUCAUUGGCAGGAGUACACUGGUAAUUUCCCUUUACGUCCAGCCUGCUCAGGUCCUGCCUGCAUCCCAGUCUUUUUCCAUCUCCUGGGAGGGUAAUUCCUACAUUGACUUGCGAGUUGUCAAGCAGACCGUGCGUGGGAUCUUGCUGGAGUGGUUUGCAGUAGGCAAUGUCCCUGAGGAAUGGUUCACUCUCUACAUUGCAUCCGAUGAAGCCCUCAGAAAAGAGGUGGUCCAUAUUGGCCCUGGAAUCAACACAUAUGCUGUGGACGACCUCCUCCCUGGCACAAAAUAUGAGGCAUGUCUCAGCCUGGGGAGCCGGCCCCCACACCAAGGCCAGUGUGUGGUCUUUAUGACGGGCAGAGAUGGUGGCAGGCUGGAGGACCGUGAGCGCCUUCUACACAUCUCUGUGGUCCUGUGUGUUUUGCUGCUGGCAGUGCCUGUGGGUGCUUAUGUCUGGACAACCCAGGGCCCCUGCAGCUGCAGGAAGUGGGGCCUGCAUUGCUGUCCUCAUCGCAGGCAUGCUCUCAGGUGUCCCCCUGCAGUUCCACAGAGCAAAGACAGAUCCUUUAGAGAUCAUCUAACUGUCUGUGAGGACGGCGAGGGCCACAGGCACAUGAAGGGCAAUGAGGAGAAAGAAGAGGACAGUGACUAA